AUGAAAGCAUCGAUUUUGUGGUGUGAUAAACCAUCGGACGAAGAAGCAGAAGAUCAAAUAAUUAAUUCUCUUUGUUUCAAUCCCGAUGGAUCGCAACUUUUGGUCGCGUGUGGACAAAAAGUUCUUGUGUAUGAUACGAUAGAUGGUGCUCUCAAAAGCUCAUUGAGUGGUCAUGCAGGAGCGGUACAUUCGAUAUCGUAUUCCGCUGACGGUACAAGAUUUGCCUCAGGCGGUGCUGAUAAACUUGUUGUGAUAUGGACACACGAAUGUCAAGGGUUAUUGAAAUAUGCGCACGAUUAUCCUGUUCAGUGUGUAGCUUAUCAUCCAUCGUCUCAUUUACUGGCUAGUUGUUCAAGCAGUGAUUUUGGUUUAUGGUCGCCAGAACAAAAAAAUGUGAUAAAAACAAAACUAACUGGUCGUAUCACAUGUUGUGCUUGGAGUGCUGAUGGACAAUUAUUGGCAUUUGGAUUAUACAACGGGCAGUUAAUUGUUCGAGAUAAAACCGGAAAAGAACGAAGAUUGGGUUAUGAUCCUUGUGCAUUGAGCUGGUUUGUUAAAGAUGCAUUAAAGCAUGAAUCACGUGCAGAAUUCCUACUUGUUGGAGGUGCAAAUCGGGAAUGCACAAUAUACAGUCGCGAAGGUUUUAAACUAGGAACGGUUGCUGUACAGGAUUCAUGGAUUUGGUGCUGCUGUGCAAAACCAGAUGGAUCGGCGGUGGCUAUUGGGACCUAUAAUGGAAUAGUUGGCUUGUACGACAUCAAAUUCGGUGUUGUACAUGGUAUUCACAAGGAUAGGUAUGCUUAUAGAGACAAUAUGACAGAUGUAAUUGUACAUCAUCUUACAACAGAUCAGAAAGUAAAAGUAAAGUGUCGUGAAUUAGUGCGAAAAAUUGCGGUAUACAAGACAAUUCUUGCUAUUCAAACAUUAGACAAAAUAUUACUGUACGAAGCCCCCGGUGAUGUUCAGCACGAUAUGAAGUAUAAAGCAACACAAAAAAUAAAUAAAAAUAUCGAAUGUAGUUCAAUGCUGGUCACAUCAUCUCAAAUUAUCACGUGUCAGGAUAAACGCUUGCAAUGUUUUAAUUUUACUGGAGAAGAAAUUCGUGUGUGGCAAAUGGAUAGUCCUAUACGAUAUAUGAAAUUAGUUGGCGGACCACCUCAACAUGAAGCUAUAUUACUAGGAUUAAAAAAUGGCGGUGUCUAUCAAGUUUUUGUGAAUAAUGCCUUUCCCCAAUUAUUGGCGAAACAAUCGAGUACAAUCUUUUGUAUUGAUAUGAAUGUCAAUCGCACAAAAAUAGCUGUGAUUGACGACACAAAUACGUUGUAUGUCUAUGAUGUAUGGACAAAAGAACUUUUAUAUCAGGAACCAAAUGCUCACACUGUGGCAUGGAAUGGUUAUUUUGCCGAUAUGUUGGCAUUUUCGGGCGAAGGGCAAAUAAGCAUUAAAGUGGCAGAUUUUCCUGUUUAUAAACAACAUCUACAGUUACCUGUACGAGAUGCUGAACUAUUGGGUUUAAUUGUUGGUUUUAAUGGUUGUACAAUAUAUUUAUUACAUUUAUAUGCAAUGAGUGGUGUCACUGUGCCCGUAACCGAUGCUGUUUAUCGAUAUAUAAAUAAGAAACAACUAGAUAAUGCAUAUCGUCUUGCAUGUUUGGGUGAAUCAAGUCAAACAUGGGAAGCAUUGGGUCACGCGGCAAUAGAGCAGAAUGAUUAUGUAAUAGCAAAAAAAUGUUUUAGUCGUGUGAGAGAUAUGAAAUAUUGUAAUUUAUUAUCGACGUAUGAGGAAGUUGCAAAACGUGGGGAAACAAAGCCAAAUAUCAAUCUGGGCGAUUAUUAUGCAUAUGCUGGACGUUUUCAAGAAGCCGCUCGAAAUUAUCAGCAUGGUGGAGCUCCUGACCGCGCGAUGACUAUGUUCUCGGAUUUGAGAAUGUUUGACCAAGCGAAAGAAUAUAUGGUUGCGGGUGAUGUAGAUCAACAAAAACUUUUAAAUAAGCAAGCUGAAUGGGCAAUGACAAUGAAUGAACAACGUACUGCGGCCGAAUUAUAUCUGGCAGCACACGAUUACCUACGGGCAAUCGAUUUAGCAGGAAAAAAUAAAUGGUCGGAUUUACUGGCAAGCAUUACGAGUAAACUGGAUAAAGCUCAGCACGAUCUAUUAAAACGUUGUGCUCGUUAUUUUGUUGAAAUGAAACAAUAUACGUAUGCAGCUGAUGUUUAUGAGAAAAUGGGCGAUAUUAAAUCGUUACUUGAUAUGCGUAUCAUACUAAAUCAGUGGGAUGAAGUAUUUUCUCUAGCGAAACGUUAUCCGUUAUAUCACAGUGAUGCUUACUAUAAUUAUGGUCAAUAUUUAGCUGAAAAUGAUCGAUUUGUUGAUGCUCAGCGUGCAUUUUAUAAAGCUGGACGUAUCAUAGAAGCAAGAAAUGUUCUACAAGCGUUAACUGAUAACGCUGUUAACGAAACACGUUUCAAGGAUGCGGGCUAUUACAACUGGCUCCUGUCUAAAGAAUAUCUAUUGGCAUUGAGUGAAACCCCGAAUGAUGAUUUAAGAGAACAACUAUUUAAAAAAUAUAAUCAAUGCCUAAUACUAUCCGAACUGUAUUACGCCUAUCAAAAUUUAUACGAGUAUACAACGGAACCGUUUGUUGACACACCAUCGCAAAUUUUGUUUAAUAUCGCACGUUUCAUCUAUCAUAAAUUAACAAAUCUAAAAGAAAUUCCACCAGGCAUAUCAAAAUUUCGUACAUGUUAUACGGCAUGUAAAAUUGCCAAUAAACUAAACGCAAAUAAAUUUAGUCGACAAAUGAUUGAGUUAAUGAAAGAUUUAACUUUUACACAUAAUCUAGGACAAAAAAGGACAGAAAUUGAGCAGUUGGCAUUAGAAUUAAGAGCCAAAACAUUUAGUGAUGAUUCCGAGUUGUUACCAUUAUGCUAUCGUUGCAGUCAUCACAGUGAAUUACUCAAUCCACAUGGUAACGAGUGUUCAAAUUGCGGUAGUCCUUUUGUGCUAUCAUUUUUGUCAUUCGAUGUUUUGCCAUUAGUUGAAUUUGUCUUACCCCAUGAUAUCAACGAUGAAGAUGCCUAUAAUUUACUUGAACAAAUUCCAAAUAGCCAGUUAGAAGCCAAGCCGGGUGGUCAAACAUUAAACGCUUCAACAGCAAAUCGAUUGAUUAUCAAUGAACAAUUUCAACGAGAAGAGAAAGAUCCAUUUUUGAAGAAAAUGACUAAAUAUAGUGCAAAUCCCAAUGAGUAUCGUCCAGUGGUCGUUGAUAGAUCACUAUUGAAAGCCAUGGAUCCGUCAUUGGUUUUUGUUUGUAAAUGGCCCUUUCCAUUACGGUGGAAAUGGUAUAGAAUUAUUGUACCAGAAACGCAAAUUGGUCGAUGUCGACAUUGCAAUAAAUUUUUUCAUAAUGAUGAAUUUGAAUUAGCAAUAUUAGAAACUGGUGGUUGUCCAUUUUGUCGUAACAAAAAAGAAGGUGAUCUAACAGUUGGUCUUCGAACGAAGUCAAACAGACUGGUCAAUAAUCCAUUGAAACCUAACGCUUAUUUGUUGCGUCAGGCUGUUCUAUCUAUAUUUUAUUAG